UGUAGCUGAACUACUUUUCUACAGUCUCUGUGAACAGAAUACGUCUCACGCCAAACUCUUCUCCAUGAAAGCAUUCUGGUCAUUUUUUUGGUCAAUUUGCACGAUGCCAUUAUGAGAUUUGACAGUUUUUAACAUUUCAACUCCAAUCUGUUCUUUUCCCAGUGGCAGCUGAAAGCCUAAACUGAGCUUCUAUAUAAAGAGAUGUGGAAAAAACUGCAAACAGCAAACUAUAGGACGUGAUCUUUGAAACUAUGUUCUUGACUCUAACCUCAGUUUUACAUAGAGUAACUUCACGGGAGGAAUGUGUCUACGUCCCUGUCUCUGUAAAAUGUCCACUGCCUCAGGCCAAAUUAACUAGACCCUGCUGUUUUUAAAAUACCUGCUCUGACAAGUUGAACCAGCUUUAACACCACCCAGGACUAACAUCCGCAACGUACUCAGGAGACAUUUACAGGAGAUGUUGAGAGAGGCGACAAGCUGUGAGAGGACAGAGAAUGCGCUUAGAAAAUACCAGAAUCACAACAUAGACGCGACGAGCAGAGAAGGUCCUGGAUCUUCACAGAUCCAAGACAUGGAAACUUCAGCUCUUCCUUCACACAAUUGGAGAACAGCAGCAGAUCCUAGAGUCGCAGCUCAUCAGUUUUCUCAGGAUCUAUUUCUGAGGAACAAAGAUUUAGAGCCUCUGCGUCUCAGAGUGGACAUCAGGCAAGACAAACAGACGCAGGACCAAGCUUUGGUUCACUUCUACAGCACAGAUCAUGUUCAAUGGGCGAGGCAACUUUACUGCAGACUUGAAGGUGAUCCUGCCACAGGAGAGGGAGUCAAUCGUCACAUGAUGUCAACAGUUAUGUUCAAGCUGAUCAGUGGCUUCCACAUAAACUCAGAUUCAACCAUCACUAGAAUCUUUGAAGGUGAAUCCGAUCACCUGAUCCCAUCAGUUUCUGCAGAUCUGAUCGAUAACCGCCUGUUCACCAUUGCUGGUAGAAUGAUCGGACAUUCCUUUCUGCACAGUGGACCCAGUUUUCCAGGUCUAAGCCCGGCUGUCCUACAUGUCUUGUUUGGAGGAUCACUGGAAACCGCGCCCAUCACAUUAGAGGACUGCCCAGACCUUGACAUCCGCAGUGUUGUGCAAGCGCUCCGAGGAGAUGCUGACAUUGAAGACAGCGAAUACGUGCAUUAUCUCUGUCUGUACGCAAACCUGCCUCUGCCUAAUGUCACCAACAGAAAGUGGCUGGCUGAAAAACUACUCUUUCAUGCAGUGAUUGACAAGACAAAGUUUCAGAUCGAUCAGCUACGGAAAGGUUUACAAGACACAGGAAUUUGGCCGCUGCUUAUCCACAGGAGCGAUGUAAUCCCAAUUCUGUUUCCAGGAGAAUCGGACGCACAAUUAACACCACAGAUGAUCUUAGAUCAAAUUGUAUGGCCUGAAUCCCUUACCAUCAUAUUCGACCAGUUUUACACCCCAGAUGACGACGACUCAGGGGUCGCAGACACUGAUCGAGUGUCAGGUUAUUUAAAAACCUUCAUUAAAAAUGCGACCCCCGCAGAUCUGAAAAGCCUCACCAGGUUCUGGACCGGCUGGGAGCUGCCGUCAACAGAGAUGAAGGUGGAGGUGGUAAACGCGCUGCUUCCCACAGCGUACACAUGCUUCGAGAAGCUGCGGCUGCCCAGACAUUACAACAGCUAUAGAACUUUUGACAUAGAUCUGAGGGCCUGUAUCUCCAGCAGCUACAGUGGAUUUGGCUGUACAUAAAGAACCAACGUCCAGUUCAGUCGCAGAUUUGUUUCAAAAAAAAAAAAUUAAAAAUUAAAAAAAUGUAAACUGCUCUGGUUUUUUGAUGUUUUGGUGUUUUUAAUAAAUCAAAUACAGAUGUUUAUAGAAAAUAUGUUAUAUAAAUGUAUUUAAUGUCAGAUUUAUCCUAUUUAAAGCUUCUAAUUUGCAAACAGCCUAUAACCCUAUAAAAUUAUUAUAAUUAAUAAUUCUUUAAUUCUCUCUAAAAUUCUUAAUUAAUUGAGUUCUCUACCAUUUCAUCUUUUAUACCCACCCAAUGUUUCAUCUCUACCCAUUAAACUCUCCUUAUUCAUUUUUCUUUACCCCCUUCUCUUCCUUCUUCUUUGUCUUUAUCUGCCCACACCUCUUCCACCUGCUUCACUUUCUUUUCUACUUCAUUCUUCUUUUUAUACUCGUUUCUUCUAAUCCGUCUGUAUACUUGUUUAUCUAUAGCUCAGAUUUUAGCCGGUUUUCCCCUGUUCAUUCUGGUUUUUUUCCUGCACCUGCUUCCUGAGUCUUUUAAAGUGUGCUAUCUGCUCUUGCAUUGUUGUACCACUAGAGGUCAGUCUGUCUAAAGAUACCGGAACGAAGUCAAACUUUUAGGUGUGUUUAUGCUGCAAGUACUUAGACUUUGAAUAAUUUGUGAACAUUAGUUUUUUUAAAUUAAUUUUUAUUCCUUUCUGGUCUGACUUGUCAGUUUUUAUCCCAGUUGUUCACUGACUGACCUGAGGAUUGUUUAGUCUCGAAGGACCAACUCAGACAUGUCCAACAUCUUUGUCUAAA